AUGUCGCAGCACGCGACGCGCGCGUCGUCGACACCCAAUCUGAGUCCGACCCCACCGGGAGUCGUCCCAACGCAGAUUGGCGCCAGCACAGCUCCGCCAGCCUCGUCGCGCUCUUCAACGCCUCUGCCUGCGCUCCCGCCGUCGCAUGCCCCGCGGCAUAGCAGCUCCACGAUGUACCCUCUCUCCCCCGUCUCACCCGUAUUCUCGCCGAACCUCGCUAGGAGCGGCAGCCGCGCGCGGAGGCCAGGGAUGGAGCCCGUGCUGGAGGAUAGCAGCACCGAUCAGCGCGUCAACAGCGAGUCACGCCAGCUGCCGUCGCCGCCGGCCUCUCCUGACCAGCCCCAGCCGACUACGAGAGGAUCCCGACGUCCGAGCCUGGCGGGCAGCCAUUCUUCCUCUCCUGCGCUCCCGUUCCGGCCCCGCUCGUCCACCGUGACAGGCCCAUCAAUGCUCCUCGCGGGUGCCUUCCGUUCCAACCCACGACACUCGACCGCGCCGUCACCGCACGUUUCCUCGACCCUGCAGGCGCAUCCACCAUCCGUGCCCUCUUCCUCUGCGCAAUCGUCGCGUUCGCGCGCGACCUCUGUGGAUUUCAGUUCCCAAGCGCAGGAUAUCCGGCCGGCGAUAGACGCAUUCCGGCGGAUGAGCACCACGGACAUACGCCAGCUGCGGCCGUCCACUGCCGUUCGCGAAGACGCAGAGCGCGAACAUGCAUUCUUGCGAACGUCAGAUGCGUUGCGCGCGCCGCCGCACUACGACAAGGCAGGCCAUUCGUCCGCGCGGAAGGACGAGCCUAGAGUCGCACACCAGUCUGCGUCUACCGCGUCCGCUUCCGCGCAGGCACCGAGACCGUCGACGUCGCACGGGCACCCAGAAACGCGCUCCUACUCGCAUCAAAACCAGCCCGUCCUCGUGAAGCGCAAAGACAGCCUCGCGCUGCGCCCGAUCCCGGUCUCUCAUUUCAUGCAGCCGGGUGUCAACAGGACGCUAGGCGGCGGGUCGACACGCCCGCGCUCGAGCAGCGUGAUGAGCGAACGCUCCCUACCCCGCCCUCUUCCCCCGAUUGAUCCCAGUUCCCCGCUGGAGCUAAGCGUCCCGUUCUCACACUCUUCGGAGAGUGAGGAGGGGACCAAACGCUCCACGCACGAAUCGUCGUGA